CAUAAAUCCUCCCUUCCCUUUUCUGAUGCGAAGGGAGCGGUGCGACAUGUCCGAGGUCGAGGGCGGCGAACGGGGCGGAGCGGGCGGCGGAGACGGCGCCGGUGACGGUGUUGCGGACGCUCCUCCGCCCUUCUCCGACCGGGUGCUGGAGAACGUUCUCGAGAACGUUCUCCAGUUCCUGAGCUCGCCCCGGGACCGGAACGCGGCGUCCCUGGUAUGCCGUUCCUGGUACCGGGCGGAGGCCCAGACCCGCCGCGAGCUCUUCAUCGGCAACUGCUACGCCGUGUCCCCUCGUCGGGCCACCGAGCGGUUCCGCUGCAUCCGAGCGGUGGUCCUCAAGGGGAAGCCCCGCUUCGCGGACUUCAACCUGGUCCCCAGCAACUGGGGCGCCCACUUCCACCCCUGGGUCUCCACCAUGGCCGCCGCCUACCCCUGGCUCGAGAAGCUCUGCCUCAAGAGGAUAUCCGUCGCCGAUGGCGACCUCUCCCUCCUCGCCCACUCCUUCCCUAAUUUCAAGGAACUCUCCCUUAUUUGCUGCGAAGGUUUCGGCACCGCCGGCCUCGCCAUCAUUGCCGAGAAGUGCAGGCAUCUCCGAGUGCUCGAUCUGAUUGAGGACUGUGUGGAGGACGAGGAGGAUGAGACGGUGGACUGGAUUUCGAGGUUCCCGGGGACGACGACCAGCUUGGAGUCGCUCGGGUUCGAUUGUGUCGGCAGUGCAGUCAAUUUCGAGGCCCUGGAGGCGCUCGUCGCCCGCUCCCCCGCUCUCCGGUGGCUGCGGGUGAACCACCACGUUUCGGUCGAGCAGCUCCGCCGCCUCAUGGCGCGGGCGCCGCAGCUCACCCACCUUGGCACCGGGUCCUUUGGAUCCGCCGCCGCCGCCGCCCCACUCCUGCAAGGAGGAGGGAGCAGUGUGGAGGAUCUGGCUUGGACCUUUGCCGCCUCCAAGUCGCUUGUUUGCCUCUCAGGCUUUCGUGAUGUGGAGCCGCACUACCUCCCGGCCAUCCACCCCGUCUGUGCCAACCUCACCUCCCUCAACUUUAGCUUUGCGGAGGUUACCGCCGAGGAGCUGGAGCCAGUGAUCCGCCGUUGCCACAAUCUUCAGAAUUUCUGGGUGCUUGAUACAGUGGGAGAUGAAGGGCUUCAGGCAGUGGCAGCAACGUGCAAGGACCUCCGGGAGCUAAAGGUGUUUCCUUUGGAUCCAAGGGAGGACUCCGAGGGGUCUGUCUCGGACGUCGGCCUCAUUGCAAUCUCCGAAGGCUGUCGGAAGCUCCGUUCCAUUCUUUACUUCUGCCAGCAGAUGACCAAUGCGGCCGUCAUUACCAUGUCUCAGAAUUGCCAGGACCUCGUGGUCUUCCGCCUUUGUAUCAUGGGACGGCGCCGCCCUGAUCAUUGGACUGGAGAGCCAAUGGAUGAAGGGUUUGGGGCUAUAGUAAUGAACUGCAAGAAGCUUAGAAGGCUCGCUGUCUCUGGAUUGCUCACUGACAAGGCGUUUGCUUACAUUGGGGAGUAUGGCAAGUUGGUGAGGACUCUUUCUGUUGCCUUUGCUGGGAACAGUGACUUGGGGCUGAGGUAUGUUUUGGAAGGGUGCAACAAAUUGCAGAAGCUUGAGAUCAGGGAUAGUCCGUUUGGGGAUUCAGCACUGCUCUCUGGGCUUCACCAUUACUACAACAUGAGGUUUGUGUGGAUGUCUUCAUGCAAGCUGUCACCGAGGGGUUGCAAGGUGGUGGCUCAGAUGUUACCUCUCUUGGUGGUAGAAGUCAUCAGGGACAGAGAUGAAGAUCAUGACAAUGAGGCUGUGUCGAAGUUAUACAUGUACCGAUCUCUAGCAGGGUCAAGGAAUGAUGCACCAUCCUUUGUGGAGAUCUUGUAGAAGUACUUGUUUCAUAUGACCGUGGAGAGGAAGAAAAUUUUUGCCAUUUCUUUGUGGGACGAUCAAAUAGCUUAUUUUCGAAUUGGGCAACUGGCUUGCAUCCAUGCAGGGUGGUUUUCGUAUCCCCUCAGAGUUCAUAUGCUCCACACCAUGUAGACAAGAUAGCUCCAGUAUUUUUCUUUUGGUUCCAGUAUUACUUCUGUGUUAUGGUUGGGCUGUUGAAUGAUGUUUGCAGAAUGAGAUCAUAAGCGACUCUAUCGUUGUUUCAGUGCAUCUAUUUGUUCCAAUUGAACAUCCAGAAAUUCCAUGAAGUGGAAGAAGAAAGAGAACUUAAUGUGUUGUUGUAUCAGUAGGUCUUUAUUCAUACAUGCCUACCUUAAUUAGAGUUCAUGGAGCAAGGCUGCACACUGAUAUGCUGAGCCAGUCCAACUGGAGUUCAGAUGGUAGGUGAUGCUUGGAAUUCUCAAACAAUAACUUCGUUGUGGCUUCUCAUUCUGUCAAGCACUAUGGACAGGCAAUACAGGUGCAUCAUCACUUGGCUUCAAGGAGCAGUGUUCAAAUCUUGAAGUGAAAUUUGAAUCUUGAAAAUUUUCUUUGUUGGCUUAGGAUUUGUGGAAGAUUUACCUCUGAAUGCUUCAUUAGUUCAUUUCAUCUGGUUCUUUGACUGUCUGGCCACUUGGAGACGAAGUUUCUGUAGGAGUUGAAGUUUUUCCUUCUUACCUUUCUUCUUCAUAUAUUACUGAUUCAUUGCUACAAUAAAUACACCUGCCACAAAGGUAUUAAA